ACAGCAUGUGGACUUUAGUAAUGUGCUACGUAUUUUUAUGUUUCGCGGUAGGCCUUCUGGCUUUAAGUUAAUUUGCUUCAGAUUUCUGUAAUUAAGUUAAUCAAUGAAAUUAAUCAAUUACGAACCAUUAAAUUGAACAUAACAUGGUUUGUGUCCAACGUCCUGACCGAAAUGGAAACAUACGAGAACCAAUUCAGAAAAAAUAAGUCUACAUUUAGGUCUAAAAGCUAGUGGUUGUGAUAUGAACACUGUAUAAUCAACAGCAAUGUAUAUGACUUGGAUAUACUUAUAUGGUACAAAGCUACGAUGGAAAUUCGUGGAGAGAUUGGAUUCAGAUGUGUUAUUUCUUUUGCUGUUCCAAACAAUCACUGCUGGAGAUCUGACAUCACCAGAUACAGAAUUUUGUGCAAAUGAUGGCCGAACUUACACAUAUAAGGAACUUCAAUCGGCUAAAUCAACACUGCCUUCUCUAAAAUUAUUGCAUCAAGGUCCUUGUUCAAAGUUUUUCAAAAAAUUUGCUGCAGCGCAUGAUUUUGCACCACUGAAAACUAUUGACGACGAAAAAACCAAAUGUGGUAAGGAUGGUCAAACUUAUCAAGACGAUUUGGCAGUGAAAACAUUAGCUUUUGAAAACCCAGGUUUAGAUAUCUCACAACAAGAACCAUGUCAGCCGAAAUAUGAUCCAUUUGAAAUGCUUGUUUGCGGAAGUGAUGAUAAAACUUACCAUCGUAAAGAUAUUUCAUUAAAGAAAUUUGAUCAACCAGAUUUGAAUAUAGCAUAUUUUGCACCAUGUAAUACGCUAAAUAGACAGCUGAAAAAGUCACCAGUCGACGAUGAAAAUAUAGUCUGCGCUAGCGAUAUAAUAACAUAUGAUUAUCAUGACUUUAAUGCAGCUGUAAAAUUAAAUCCAGAUCUACAAAUACUACAUUUGGGUCCGUGCGUACUAAAAUUGGAUGAUCUCGAUGAUUGGUUGCCUAAAUAUAUAAAGCCAGGCGCUGAUGAUCGUUUAGUCUCUUUAACACCAAGGAAGGGUUACCCUGAAGGACCUAGAACUGGUUUUGUUAGUGUUUUAAGUGCUCCUGGCAUGCCUGGUGGGCCAGGUGGUCCUGGUGGUCCCGGAGGUCCUGGCGGACCAUGGGGUCCAUGGGGGCCUCGAGGCCCUGGAGGCCCAGGAGGGCCUGGUGGCCCUGGAGGUCCUGGCGGCCCUGGGGGCCCAGGUGGGCCUAAACAAUGGCAUCCUCCACGUGAAAUAUGCGAUUCAAAUUUAGGUAAAGUAGUUUGCGGCACGAAAGACGCUGUCGAAGGUGGCUAUGGUGUCAUCAAAGAUAUUGCAUCGGAUAUUUUUGGUAUUUUAUUAUGGUAAUGGCAGUUUAUAGUUUAAUGAGCGAUAAUUCGUUGUCCGGUUGUCCGUCAAUUCUGUCUGUAUGUUUAAACCUUUUCCUUAGGAAAGCGUCAAGGCAUUAAGCUAAAAAUAUUGAUAUUUUAAUUGAAUUAAUGCCUUUAUAAAUACUCGGGUUUAUAAGUAUACUUUCCUUUAUCUGUGAAUAAAUAAAAUUUGUUUUUCAA